AUGACUCUUAACUCAGAUUACAGUCGAAAAUUGAGGCAUUACUUGUUUUUCAAAUAUUCUAAAGCUUCUUAUAAUUCGAAUUCUCAGAGUAUUUGCUACAUGAUUUCUGAUUACUUGACAAUACGAAUUCCAUUUACUGGAGCUAUAACUUCUUGGUGUGCAUCUCAACAACCAAAUCAUCUCUUGAAAGUCUUAUUUUUCUUUUCAACAUACUUUACUUACACUGGAUGGAUAUUUACAUUUCUUUUGACUACAUUGCGGCUAGUCUCAUUAUACUACCCAUUUCAACAGGACGAGCUUUGCGCUCGGAUAACAAAGUUCUCACUUCCAUUCAUCUACAUCUGGCCACUGUUCUUCACAUUUACCCUAUUUCCAGCUCUUGGCUUCUGUCGACAAAUUCUAGGUCCUUAUCAGUUUGGUGCCAUUUAUUUUUGGUUUAGUGGAAAUUUGUUUGAUAUAAAAUUAAUAUAAGGUCUUAUUGGAAAUUUAUUAUUUUGGUUCAUCCUUUGCACUACUUCAACUUUGUUGCUCUUUAUAAAACUGGAAAAAAAUGAAAAACCAACGAAAUAGUGCUCCCGUUCAAAAAGCUGAGCUAUCGCUUUCUCUAACGACUUUAUCAAUGCUGUUUUCAUUUAUUUUUCAUUUUGUCGGAGGGCUAAUAUUUAUAAUCAAACAGAAAAUGUUUAAAUAUUUAUUUUGUAAAUUUUAG